AACCACCCUCCUGGGAGGGCAGAAACCUCCCUUCCUAGCCUUGGGCUGGGAGUGGGGCAGAGAUUUCGGUAGAGAUCUCAGUCUUCCUGAGCGUGGAUUUCCAGACUCCUGGCUUACCUAGUGAGAUGGCAGGCAAGUCAGAGGAAUGUGAGUGCUAGGAUUGCAUGUGGACCACUGUGCCCAUGGAUGUAGAACCAGGAUCUCAUGCGUGGUGGCAAGUACCCCUAGCACCAAGAGCUACAUCUUGAAUCAGACAACUCUGAGAUGUAGUUUGAGCUCUGACGCUGAACAGAUCUGCUUGUGGUACGUGCAGAGACCCACACAGGUCGAUCAAGGCAGCUCCCAACUGCACACCUUGGCGCACUGGGCUUUGCUGACACUCAGCUUCUGCCUUCAGUCAGCUUGAAAACACUGAACUCAGACGAGGCAGAUGCCUCUGCCAAUGGCCCAGACUGUGGCCAUGCCUCGAAGGCCAGAAGGUGUUGUGUGCCAUGGAACUGGAGUUACUGAUGGUUGUAUGUUUGUGUGAGGGUGCCAGAUCCCGUGGAACUGGAAUUACAGACAGCUGUGAGCUGCCACGUGGUCCUCUGGAAGAAUAGCCAGUGCUCUUAACUGCUGAGCUAGCGCCCCAGUCCUAUGGAUCCCUCUUUGACAUACCAAGUUCCCAAGUGGACCUUCAGUCCUCUCAGGCCAGAGUUUCUCUUUUAAAUCAGGAUCUUCCUUGUGUAGCUCCCAUUGGCCUUGAAUUUGGAAUAAUCCUCCUGUCUCCUGAGUCUUGGUGUUUUAGGUAUGUGCCAUCUUUUCCUGGCUUAGUCCAGGACUUCUUGACCCGCCCCCCAACUCUUCUGCUUACCUUGAACCCUACAGAAUUGCUUCAGGCUGGGUUUGGUGAUUUGUAAUCCUAGCACUUGGAAAGCAGACACAGGAGUAUCAAGAGUUCAGGGUCCUCAGCUAGGCCAUGCUCUAGGCCAGCCUGGAGUCAUUAGCCUCUGUCUUAAAGCAAAACAAAACCCAGUCUGGAAAAAUGGCUCAGUAGUUCAGUUCACCUAGGAUCUGAGCACCGAUGUCACCCAGCUCACAACUGCCUCUAACUCCAGCUCAGGGGAUGCGAUAGGCUCACCUGGCCUCCGCAGGCACCCGAAAGUAUAUAGCAUGUGCUUACACAGACACACAUAUGCACACGUAAAGACGUUAAACCGAAACAAACCAAAGAUCAAACAAAACCCCCUCUUGUUUGUUUUAAAUUGGAAUUCUAAAGGCAACUCUUUAUCUUAUCCUGCAUUGAUCCUUUCUUCUUUUGUUGGGUUCCUCUGGAAUCACAGGUAUGUGCCAUUCCGAACACGACUGUUUCUUUCAGAUAGGGUCUCUAAUUGUUCAAAGUCAUCCUAAAUACUUAGUAAAAUCCUGUUUCAAAAUAAAAAGGGCUCAGUGGAAGAGUACUUGCCCAGCAAGCGUAAGACAGUACGUUGAUCUUCAGUGUUUGGUGGGAGUGUUGGAAGAAUGAUUUAAUAAUUAAAUGAGUGGGGUCUCUGCGCUGGAGAACUGAAACAUUUGGCCUAUCCUCAAACUUUCCACUAGUCCCAGUCAGUCCAGAUCUGGGUGCCCACGAAAAGCAGCGCAAAAACUUCUCUGGACUUAUUCUGCAAUUUCCGAAAGAGCGCUCUGUUACCUUCCCGGAAGUUCCCCAGGCGCUGUCCUGAGAACUACAGUUCCCAGAAGGCAGUGCGGAGGAAAAGCAGUAGUAGAAGAGAACUUCCGGACGCUGAUGCGGACCUUAACGCGACGCCCAGAGCGACCAUGACGAAGUUAGCCCAGUGGCUUUGGGGACUGGCGCUCCUGGGUUCUGCCUGGGCUGUCCUGACCAUGGGAGCUCUGGGCCUGGAGCUGCCUUUCCCUUGCCAGGAAGUCCUGUGGCCACUGCCUGCCUACCUGCUGGUGUCCGCUGGCUGCUAUGCCCUGGGCACUGUGGGCUAUCGCGUGGCCACCUUUCACGACUGCGAGGACGCCGCCCGAGAGCUGCAGAGCCAGAUCCUGGAGGCCCGAGCGGAUUUAGCCCGCAGGGGACUACGCUUCUGACACCGUCACCCAUUCCAUCCGGACAUCCUUCCUCGUUCCCCAUUAAAGUGCAGUUUUUAGUUUCUA